AGAGUUCUCUCACUUAACAAACAAAACAGCAGCAGAUCUGCGGGCAUACACAAAUACACGCAGGCUCUAUCCUUCCACCUGCCGCGGGAGACACUUUGAUGGUCGCAGUAGGUUAAAUUAACCGGAUUACCGAGAAGGACGCGAACUCCGCUCUGCUUCAUUUUAACGCGGACUUGCGACGAUAUCUAUGCAUUAUUUAGACUGAAAUAAGCAAAAAAUGACGGAGCUGAGACGGCGAGGAGGAGGAGGAGAUCCUGACGGCACUGAAAACAUCAGUGACAAGGAGGCAGAUGGAGAUGACAGGCUUGCUUUUCCCGGUGAAGGGGAAGGAGAAAUGGAGGGCGACUCAAAAGCGGACACACCAGACGUGCCACCUUCCACUGAUAACACUCCACAGUGUCUCAACAAAGCCCUGGAGGGCUUGUCAUCUAGGUGGAAAAACUGGUGGAUAAGAGGCAUAUUGUCAUUGACAAUGAUCAUUGGCUUCUUCCUCAUCAUCUAUUUGGGACCCAUUAUGCUUAUAUUAGUGGUUAUGGGUGUUCAAAUCAAGUGUUUUCAUGAAAUUAUAACCAUUGGCUACAGAGUUUACCAUUCCUAUGAUCUGCCGUGGUUUAGGACUCUUAGCUGGUACUUCUUGAUUUGUGUGAACUACUUCUUUUAUGGAGAGACAGUGGCUGAUUAUUUCGGUGCACUCGUCCAAAGGGAGGAACCUCUGCAGUUUCUUGUGCGUUAUCAUCGGUUUAUUUCUUUUGCACUGUAUUUGGCAGGUUUCUGCAUGUUUGUACUGAGUUUAGUGAAGAAACAUUACCGCCUGCAGUUUUAUAUGUUUGCUUGGACCCAUGUGACCUUGUUGAUUGUGGUGACUCAGUCACAUCUGGUUAUUCAGAACCUGUUUGAAGGAAUGAUCUGGUUUAUUGUACCCAUCUCUAUUGUAAUCUGUAAUGACAUCAUGGCCUACCUGUUUGGCUUCUUUUUUGGAAGAACUCCACUGAUUAAGCUCUCCCCAAAAAAGACCUGGGAAGGAUUCAUUGGGGGAUUCUUUGCAACAGUGGUCUUCAGUUUCUUUUUUGCGUACCUGAUAUCCCAGUACCAGUACUUUGUUUGUCCAGUGGAAUACAACAGUGAGACAAACCGUUUUGCGGUGGAGUGUGAGCCCUCAAAUCUCUUCAUGAUACAGGAAUACACACUUCCUGCAGUGGUGCAGAAUGCAGUUAGAUGCAAAACGGUGAACCUUUACCCAUUUCAGAUCCACAGUAUUGCGCUCUCUACGUUCGCCUCUCUGAUCGGACCAUUUGGUGGAUUCUUUGCCAGUGGCUUCAAACGAGCUUUCAAGAUCAAAGACUUCGCGGACACCAUUCCUGGUCAUGGUGGUAUAAUGGAUCGUUUUGACUGUCAGUAUCUGAUGGCAACGUUCGUUCAUGUUUACAUAACAAGUUUUAUCAGGGGGCCGAACCCCAGUAAGGUUUUACAGCAGUUGCUUGUUCUGCAACCAGAGCAGCAACUCAGCAUCUUCAAUACGCUGCGCAACCACUUACGAGAAAAGGGCAUGCUACCCCCUGCUGUGGAGGAAGCCCAAUGACAGACGUCCCCACCUCAGCAGACAAAGCCAGCUCAUGUCCUGUUGAACUCUCUAAGCAUUCACCCAUGACUGUGAUGGCACGAGCACACUCUCAACCGACCACAGGAGCUCCCGUUCAGUGAGAGAGAGUGACGCCUGCUGCAAACCAAACUCUCACUUUCAACCCAUUAGAAACUCACCAAAUGAAGGAGGAAAAUGACCACAAGGGGGGCGACACGGUUCUCUUAAUCAGAGCCACUGUCUGGGAAAUCAACAUCAAAGGAAAGGUCUUCCGAUCAACAAACAUGCAAAACAAAAGAUCCAAGCACAUGGUAAGUGAAUGUAUAGCACUAUAGGAAGGGGGCUUCAGCGGAGUGACAUCAUUGCACUGAUUUUGUGAUUCUGGCCUGAUGUUAUGAGCGCGUGAUUUGCUUUGCGAACGCAAUAACUCAUGAUGGUGACUUUCAGUUUUUGAGAUGCCAUAAUUCUCACGGUUAACAUUUUAAUGUGAGCUUACUUUAUAACGGGGGUCCUAAACUCAAAGCAUUACAAAACAACUAGUCUAAAACAGAAGCAUGUCUGUAAGUCCUACUGUUACUGCUUAAAAUAGCCAUAUUCUCUUUCCUUUUCACAUUACUCAGUGUGUUCGUGUGAGCGCUAGAACAACUCACUUGUGUGUACAUAUCAUCAUAUGUAUUGUUGUACAUAGAUAUUAUACACUAAAUCAGCGGUGGCGAACUCCGGUCCUGGAGAGCAGCAGCCCUGCAGAGUUCAG